AUGUUAUCGUCAUUUGCAACUGCUACAUCGUCAUCAUCACCAUCAUCUCCAUAUGAACCUUCACCUGCUUGGUGGAAAUUUAAUUUUACAACAACAUCGUGUGCAACAUUAGCUGCUGCUUUUUUUCCAACAUCUGCUCCUUUAUCACAAAAUAUAUCAUCAACAUCGAGCACGUCAUCUGACGUAGUGGAACAUCGAACCCAUAAUAUCGAUCCUCAUUAUCAAUCUUAUUCAAAUGGUUUUAUUCAUGAUAAUAAUGAUUCAUUGCGAAUUUUAUUGUUUGCUGAAAGUUUUCCAUCAUUUACAAGCGGUAUAACACGUCGAUUUAAAGAAAUUAUACGACGUCUAGCGAAAAGAAAACAUUAUAUACAUGUCAUAACGGGUUGUAAAAAUGCUAAAUUAUGGCUUGAAGGAAAUGAUUAUUUACAAGAAUAUGUAACAUUUUCAAUAUUACCAUCAACUGAUUUUACUAAUAAAAUUGAUUGUGCAUGUCCAUUUUUAUUUCCUAAUACUGCUAUUUAUUUUUCAAUUCGACGUUUUUCACCCGAUGUUAUUCAUAUUGUUGAACAAACUCCAGCUGCUAUGCUUUGUGGUGCAUUUGCUAAAUCAUUAAAUAUUCCGAUUGUUUGGUCUUCCCAUACAAAUAUUGAUUUUUAUUUAUCAACAUAUAUACGUUCUUAUGCUGUUAAAAUGGCACGACGAAUUUAUCAAUAUAUACGUUUAAAACAUUUAAUAUAUUCAUCAAUUAAUUUAACAGUUAGUCAAGAUUUUGCUGAUUAUAUGGAACAUACAGGUAUACCACGUCCAGUUUUAGUUUGGAAAACUGGUGUUGAUUCAGAAUUAUUUCAUCCUCGACGACGUUCAUUAUCCAUGCGUUAUCGUAUGUUUGGUACAUUAACUAAUUUUACACAUGAACAAAUGGAUUCUAUAACAUUAUUUCUUUGUGUUGGUCGAAUAUCACCAGAAAAAAAUUUUGAAUUUUUAUCACUUCUAUUAGAACGUAUAUCAAAUGAAACAUUUUUAUGUAUUAUUGGUGAUGGUCCAUAUCGUCAUACACUUGAACCAUUAUUUCCAAUUGAUCGUGUCUAUUUUUUUGGUUAUCUUGGUGGUGAAGAAUUAGCAAGUGCUUAUGCUAGUGCAGAUUAUUUUAUAUAUGCAUCAGUUAGUGAAACAUUUGGACAAGUCUAUUUAGAAGCUAUGGCAAGUGGUACACCAGUUAUAGCUGCUGAAGGUGGACAAUUAAAAGAAUUUUUUAUAAAUAGUGAACAUGGAUAUUUAUGGGAACCCGAUAAUAUAGAAUCAGCUGAAGACGCUGUACGUUUAGCUAUGAAAAAUCGUGAUUAUUUAUCAAUUAAAGCACGACAACAAGCAUUAAAACAUUCAUGGGAUUCAGCUGCUGAUCAAUUAAAUAAUGUUUAUUAUGAUGCUAUUAAAAAAAAUCCUAAACAUAAUGAAACAAACAUUAUAAUAAUUCUAUUUCGUUUAUUCUAUUAUGGUUUUCAUUGGUUCAUAUGUAUUCUAUUAGCAUUAUUUUUAAUGGCACCAUUUGUAAAAGUUUCAUCACCUAAAUCAACUAUGACACAAAAUAAUAUUUUUUGUCGAAAGAAACAACAGAUGUAUUCGACAAAGAGAUGUUUUUCAUCUUGA